GCUCAUCCUGUUAUGGACUGGAUUGUAUAAUUGGGCAAUGGUCACAGUCCAUGGUACCAUCACGAGCCCCCCUACUCUCUAAAAUAAGCGAGGUUGGAUUUUAGGAGAGUAAAUUGGAGCAAACAAUUUCAAAUUUGGAAUCUUUUGGGAGAAUUUUAGCGCCGCUUGCAUUAAAUGCACCCGAUUUGACAUAGGCCUGCAACCCGGUACAAUUCCCGAUCCGACUUACCAUCUUCAGCACUCAAGUGUUAUCGUUGCAGUUCCCAAGCGGUUUCCAAGCCCUAAUCUCUCGACGAUUUAAAUACUUACCAUUCUUUAUUACGCUCUUUCGCAAUCUCUCCUCUCGCUUUGGUAAUCGUCUUCUAGGUUGGGAUCUUUAGGCCGCGAAACCCUUUUCCUCCGUCUUCAAGCUUCAUCAGGUUAGUUUCCCUAAUGUCUUCCUCGAGUUCUGUCCCUUUGCACCAUGUAUUCCCCGAGGUAGGGGCCACCUCUGAACGACCCCGCAUUCCGAUGGUCUCGGAUGGGAGGGAAACUCACUUCUUUCUUUCCUGCGAGUACGCCCGACAUGUCCUGACCGUUGCUUUAUCCGACGCCGAAUUUGGCGAGGCGGUGGCCCUCGCGGGCCCCAGCGUUGUAUGCUCCCGCCCCACCCCUGGUCAAAACAUUGUAGAUCCCCCUUCCCCCCUUCAUUUCGGGGUACAUCUGGCCAGUCUGCAAGUAGGCCUUCGAUUCCCUCUUCAUACUGCCCAUCUGAGCGUCAUGAGCUAUUAUGGUGUGAUUCCGGGUCAAUUUUCCCCAACCACCCAUAUGUUCAUAGCUGGGUUCCUUCCCCGAUGCAUGCAUUUAGGUAUUCGCCCUUUCAUUGAUAUCUUCCUCCAUUUCUUCCAUUCUAUACGACCUGGUGGUUCUGAGUCCCCAGGAUACCUCUCGAUUUCUCAACGGGCCGGCCAUCGUUUAUUCGAGGCCAAAUCUUAUCCCGACUCUUUCAAGGGUUGGAGGCAGAAAUGGGUAUGGGUCACCUCUGUAGACGGCAGGGGUGCAGUUUGAGAACAAGUGGGGGGAGAUGAUUCGGAAAUGGGCCAUGCCUUUUCUGUCAGAGGGCAAUACAGAGGCUGCAAGCUGAUCGCUGAUGGUGCACCAUUUUUUAUGGGCCAUUACGUAGGUGAGGACAGAGUGGUUGUACUUACCUUUUUGCCAGCGGGUGAGAAGAUGGCCUCCCGGCUAUAACGACUUGCAGCAAAGGCUGGUGCUACUCUCAGUUCCUUGGUUCCUGCCAGGAAGAUCCAGACCUGGUGAAGUGCUAGGGCUGCCUCGGAGAAGUCAGGGGAUCUGCCCCCGGAGAUAGUUCCGAGCCAUUGAAUACGCUGGCCGUUGACUCUCAACCCCCCAGUGAUAAGGGGGCUGGGAAGAGGCUAGCACUCCGGCCUAUCUCUAGGCCCAAGAAGAAAGGAAAAGUUGCUGUUAAAUCUUCUGAGGAUGUAGUCGAUGUGGAUUCAGACUCGGAUGCCCAGUCUCAGGGGGGUGAUGCCUAGGGAGAAACCCUGGGGCCCGUCCAUUCCGUUCGCCUCUCCAUGAAAUCCCGCUCUGCCUCUCUGUUCCGUCGCACCGUGAACCCGGUGUCGCUGGGCCUGGCCAUCACUCCUCCCCUUGACAAAGAGGAGAUCCGGGGUUUGUCUCCCCGAACAACCAUCCGACACGCCAUCCAUUCUCUUUCUGAGGUGCGCUUCGCUGUCUCUACAACUACUUUAAAUUCUUCUAACUUGCCUUUGUCCAAAAUUUUGGUCUCGUUGUCUCUAGGCUUUUAUCUUGGCUUCCUCAUGCCCCC